GGAUCGCCGGCUGGCCGUACGGGAAGAGGAUCUGGUCGUCGAUGAACUCGAGUCGUCCCCCGACACUCAGCACCCGCCAGACUUGGUUCAGCACGAACUCCCAUCGCUCGUGCGGGAUGCACAGCGCCAGGUUAGCCAUCCGCACGAGCUGGAACGUCCCGUCGGGGAAGGGGAGGGCUUGUUUAAUACUGUCGAACGGUCACGUCCCUGCCUUUGCGCCAGAGGCCACAACGCUCUUGUCGUAUCAGCCAUGUCGAAACCGACGAUUUGUGUUCCGGCAGACCGCCAGGCGGCAGCUGCGUGGAGCAUCCAAUGCCCCGCGCCGCAUCCCAGAUCGAGCACCUGAUUUGGUGGUUGAUCCUGGUAGUUAUGGAAAGAGGGAGUGUUGCUGGGAUUGGUUCUUCGUAGGAGUUCGCACGUUUGGCGGUCCCUGCGAUGAGAAGGCAGCAUCGUAGGCAUCCAGCGGAUACGAGCCGACCAUGGACACGAUGUGCGAAGGCGGAAACAUAGAUUCGGUGACCGACUCGGUGGGCGAUGUUGGCUCUACGGACGGCGACGUCGGUUCAAUGGCGAAGACCGGUUCCGGCGACGGACUGCGGACGACUACAGCCACCGGUGGCGGAGGGUCCCCCGUCUUCUUCCGGCCCAGCGCCACCCCAAAGAGCCCCGUCUUCCCGCCCGCCUCGUCCUUCUUCUUUCUGAAUCGAAUAGGCGCCGAGGAUUUCGGAUGAGCGCGGGUCCGGCCACCGGGGAACACGAAAGGCUCCGGUGUGCUCUGGUUGUUGCUACUCGACCGCGAGCUGCGGAUGCUGCCGCUGCCGCUCCCAGUCGAGCCAGAGGCGGGAACACUGCGGAUGCUGGCUGUGGGAGACACCGGUGGCGACCUGGACGGCGGCGGGGACGACGGCAUGCUUGGGACAACCGCAUUCGCCUUCUUACGGUUCAGGAAUUUGAAUCCGGGGGUGGAGGACGACGUGCGCAAGCGCGACCGCCCAGACGGAUACACAAAAACGGCGGACUGCGGGGUGCUUGGUGACACGGCAGGCCCGGGAUCUGACUUUCCGGAGUUGGAGGACCCUACUGAGUGAAACGACUGCAUGGCUGGACUGGGCCGGCGCGGCGGGCGGGUGAUUGCGUCGGAAGUUUGGGGGCCAUUGUGGGGGGCUGAAUGGAUAGAUAUUUUCAGGGACGGCGCUGGAGUUGAUUGCGGGGUUGGGUAGCUACGCGCUGAAUCCUGGCGAAGGCCCGUCAGACCGACAUGCCGGGGUAGAUGGCAAAAUGAGGUCCAAGCGCACAACGCACCUGCUGCAGGCGUGAGGGGAGGUGGAACCGGGAUGUUUGUGCCGUAGUCGGCGUUGCAGGCGGAGAAUGCGAGUAGUAGUAUGUCUGGUGAGCAGCCAUCCCGAAUCACGCCUCCCCCGCAGCUUCAGUUGACGCGCUGUCUCGGUGCAGUCCUGUUCUCCAAAUGAAGGUGUUCGUGCGCUGGACGGUUUCGGGGCGAAUGUUCAAGUGGUGGAAGCAGGGCAUGCGCAUCGGGCUCGCUAACAAAAUUUGACCGAUUAGAUUGCGCUUAUUUCGAUCGUCCGCCGGGGGCCGGUACUAUGCAUACGCGCUCGGGCUCACAUGGCACGAGAUACAUGCCGGAAAAGCUGGGCAUGUCGACCACUACAAAUACACCCGCGCGUGCAUAUGCACUUGGUCUAUCGGGACGCUGUGUGGCUUUGCGACCUGCGUCAGAAACUGCAGAAGCGAGGUGCGCCUGACGGAAAUGGGCGAGGAUCAGCGCUGAUCAGCUGUGCGCUCUUUCCGAUCUGGGGUCCUGGAGUUGCCGUUCUUCAGGUACAGCGGACGAACGGAUUGCGGGUUUUUCCUGAGUCGUUUCACGUGCAGAGGAGGGUUUCACAGGUGAGGGUCAAGUUUCAGCAGAGCAGGGACCGUUUACUCUCCGUUCGUACCUGACGUUUUCGGCUUCCUCCGAGCCCCUAUUCCGGGCCAAGCCCAGUAGUGCCAGGUCCCCAGGGAACGUUCCAUGGAGAAAGUCUCUGCGUGAGGAGAAGAACGGAAGCUUCCGAAGAUUGGAAUGCCUUUAUGCAUGUGAUUGCGGGACACGUAGCCGGACUGAACGAUAAGUAAAAGAGAAUGUAUUUUUGGGCUGGGAA